AUGUACAGAGUGGCUGAGCUAGAGAACAUACAGAAGCUUCAGGAAACGACAAAAAAAAAUAAAUCUUGUUUUAUCCUGGGUGCAUCAGGAGCAACUGGCAAAGAGUUGUGAAAAGAAGUUUUGAAUGUCACCAUCAUAGGACGUAGAAUACUGACUUUUGAAGAAGUGGCAUAUCAAAAUGUGACUCAACAGAUGGUAGACUUUGAAAAAUUGGAUGAAUAUUCUGCAGCAUUUCGAAGUCAUGAUAUUGGAUUCUGUUGUCUUGGUACCACAACAGCAAAAGGAGGAGCAGAUGGACUUGUUUGUGUUGAUCGAGAUUAUGUUUGCAUGUCAGCAAAGCUGGCAAAAACUGGUGGUGGUAAACACUUCCUCUUGGUAUCUGCUUUUGGAGCUGCUAAGGAAUGGUGUGCUAUAAAAAUUCUGGGUUGCCUCUCUCAUGUGAUGUCUAUUACUGCACUUUCUGUGCCUGCGUUAACAUUAGCAAGAGCUAUAGUGAACAGUACAGUAGUCCCGAGCAACAAGGAAGUGGAGAUAUUAGAGAACAAAGAUACUGUAUCCACAUGA